UCGAUGACGUAGGGUCGGCUGACGUGUACAGGAAGCAACACACACAGUGGGCUGAUAACGCUUCACAGUAUUUUUCAUGACUCUUCAUAUAAAUUACUCACACAAAGACUGCGAGACAGCGUUAACGUCAAAGUAGCACAAUGAGGCGCGCCGGCUUGGGUGACGGAGCAUCUGGGAACUAUGUAGCAAGUGGCUACAGUGUGUACGAAGAGGAAAAUGAACUUUUACAGGAGGGACUGAGAGCCAAAGUCACCGCUUUGAAAAGUUUGUCCAUCGACAUAGGAACGGAAGUGAAGUACCAUAAUAAAAUGCUGGAUGAGAUGGACACGGACUUCGACUCAACAGGCGGCCUGCUCGGCGCCACCAUCGGCCGAGUCAAACAGCUGUCCAGAGGCAGUCAGACUAAACUGCUGUGCUACAUGCUGCUCUUCUGCCUUUUUGUCUUCUUUGUACUCUACUGGUUCAUCAAGUUGAGGUGACAGCUGGAUCUUGUCGGACUUUGAAUGGCCCAUCACACACCUCAGAAUAACUUAAGUUAGCUGAAAAACUGUGUGAUAUGAUUCAUGAAAGUGAAUGAUUUACAUCCCCAAAUAAACACUGCUGACGUUGAAAAAUUAGAUGCAUGUACAGGGACUGAUGUGACGAGAUUCAGCUUCGUACCAUAGAAGAUAAGUCGAUUACGAGAUGAGAAAUGCCGUAGUUGACAAAUUGAAUAAUGAGUGCUCUGUAUGUAUUCGAAUCGGUUUAUUAUGCGACCUGCAUAACAUUGAAUGCAAAGAAGUUCUACAAUUCUCUGAGAGACAUUUAGUUCAAUUGCUUACAGGAAUUAAUGCGUAUAUCACAGACUAUGCCACAUAUGGAGAAAAGCAGUGUAAAUAAACUGUUAGAUAUA